AUGAGGCUGCCGUUGCUGCCGCAUUCAAUACUACUGGGCUUCUUUUUUUGUCUGUUUGUUUUUCUUUUUUUACUGUCCUGUGCUCUUGCUCCGCUCUCUGUUUGUGUGCCUGUUGCGGGGGUUGGGGCGUCGACAAGCAUCUUUGCGAGGGGCGCCAGCGCGUGCCCCCUGCUUUUCUUUAAAAAAGACUUCUCUCCGUUUUUCGUAUUUGCGCUUGGUUGGUUUUGUGCGGUAGUGUGCGUUGCGAGCGCUCUGCCGCACGGUGGGUGGGCUGCGGUGCUGCCCUCUGUCCCCGCCGCCGUGGCAGUGAGGGCGGCGUGGGGGCUGCAGCCGCUGCUGUGGGCUGAGCUGCUGUUCGCUCCGCGUCGGUGGCGGGCGGCGCAGAGGGAGGCGCCCCACGCGGGAGGAGGCGGGUGCGUGCGGGAGGGCCAUGGGAGGCGUGCCGUGGCGGGCGGCAGAGGAGGGCGAGGGAGGGCAGUGGAAGUUUUGGAAGCGCUGGCGGCUGCGGUUUUCAUGCGAUUUUGGUUCUUUUGGAAGGUCGCACUGCCGCGCCGCGUCCAACUCGAGCUCUUCAGCCUUUUAUUUCCGUUGCGCGUCUGCAGGCACACACGCAACCGCGUGCGCGCGGGGCUCCUUUCGUGGUCGGCGCUGCCGCUGCCGUUUCCUUCCGGGGCCGCGGAAGCGGGGGGGAGGGGGACGCCAAGGGCGGGGGAGCGCCCCGCGGCCGAGUCCCGCCUUCUCUUCCGCGCGUGUGGCGGUGCGGUGUGCGCCCCGGCGCUCCUCGCGCUGCUCUGCGCCUGUUGCUGCCCCUCCGCGUGCGUCGCGGCGGCCGAGGAGGAGGUGGAUGUGCCGGUGGAUGUCUCGUGUGCGGACGCUGUCGGCAAGCUAAGUUGGCGUGUCCCCGGCGAGAGUGCCUGGCAGAAGUGCGCAUUCACCGUGAAUGAGUCUUUCAGGAGGAGUGGGGCCAUUUACAACGAUAAUGACUCCCUCUGCGCCUGGGCCGGGACUCUGUACGGCUCCGCCGCGUCGCCCAACGGUCGCUGCUCUGCAGCCGCGGCGAAAGAAGUACUUGCCUUCACGUUGCAGUGCAAGACGAAGGAAAGCAGUGGGGUGUACAGGCGGUGGCUCAAGGCAAAUGACGGGGCCUUGGGCGCGCCGACGACGGACCCGAGCGGCGAGCCCCCUGGCGUUUUGCACAGCUGCAACACACGUGCGCCCAGCGGAGGCGCGCCCGAAGAGGAGCCGGAAUCUCCUCCCGCCGGGGUCGAGCCACCAGAGGCUCCCGGUGGGAAGCCAAACGGCGGAAGCACUGAGGAAGGCGGAAAAGAAAACUUGGCCGGCAGCGACGUCGCCACUGUGUGCAUGCGCGCUGCUUCGCUGCUGCUGCUCGUGACGGCCCUCGCCGCCCACGGCACGUGGUGA